AUCGCACGCGCGCUCUCCCACCCACCUCCGUGCAGCGUUCAGAGAAAGCCGAGAGAGAGAGAGCGCGCAGACUGAGAGCGUCGAGAGAAGACGAGAGACGGCACGAGAGAGAGAGACACGACACACAGAGAGACACGACACACAGAGAGACACGACAGAGACACGAUAGACGAGACAGCACGAGAGAGAAAAACACGACAGAGACGACAGGGUCAGGACGGAGAGACGCUGAGAUCACGGAGGUGGUAGGGGGGGUGACGAACGCAGGCGACAGGCGAGACGCGGAAUAGACCCUGCAGAGACGCAGUCGUAAACACGCGCAGGCGACACAGAGACACGGGAGACAAAGACGCAGAGACGCAGUGACGCACACCCAGAGAGAGAGACACGGGCAGAUCGCAGGGACAAGGCGACACAGAGACACAGAGACGCAGAGACACAGAGACGCAGAGACACAGAGACGCAGAGACACAGAUACACCGAGACACAGAUACACAGAGACACAGAUACACAGAGACACAGAUACACAGAGACACAGAGACACAGAGACACAAAGACGCAGUGACGCACACACCCCGAUACACAGAGACACAGAGACACAGAUACACAGAGACACAGAGACACAGAGACACAAAGACGCAGUGACGCACACACCCCGAUACACAGAGACACAGAGACACAGAGACACAAAGACGCAGUGACGCACACACCCCGAUACACAGAUACACAGAGACACAGAUACACAGAGACACAGAGACGCAGUGACGCACAGAGAGAGAGAGACACGGGCAGACCGCAGGGACAAGGCGACACAGAGACACAGAGACGCAGAUACACAGAGACGCAGAGACGGACCAUUGAAGAGCCGCACACACAGACGGCGUUGACGUGCGUACACGCGUGGAGACGAGAAGAGACGGGGUUAGACCCGUAGACUCACCCAGCAGAGACCCAUAGACUCACACAGAGACCCAUAGACUCACCCAGCAGAGACCCAUAGACUCACACAGAGACCCAUAGACUCACACAGCAGAGACGCAUACACUCACAGAGACCCAUACACUCACACAGACCCAUAUACUCACACAGAGACCCAUAGACUCACACAGCAGAGACGCAUACACUCACAGAGACCCAUACACUCACACAGACCCAUAGACUCACACAGAGACCCAUACACUCACACAGAGUCGCAUCGACUCACAUAGAGACCCAUAGACUCACACAGAGACCCAUAGACUCACACAGAGACCCAUAGACUCGCAUAGAGACCUAUACACUCAAAUCUAGAUCCAUAGACUCAUACAGAGACCCAUAGACUCACACAGAGACCCAUAGACUCAUACAGAGACCCAUAGACUCACACAGACCCAUCGACUCACAUAGAGACCCAUCGACUCACAUAGAGACCCAUAGACUCACACAGAGACCCAUCGACUCACAUAGAGACCCAUCGACUCACAUAGAGACGCAUAGACUCACAGAGACCCAUAGACUCACACAGACCCAUAGACUCACAGAGACCCAUCGACUCACAUAGAUACCCACAGACUCACACAGAGGAUCCAUAGUCAAGGGCACGCGGACCAGGGAAGCCAUCCCAGAUUGGUCUCCAUCUCUGUUUAGAAAUGGGAUCAAAUCCUCCUCCUCCUCCUCGUCAUCGUCGUCGUCGUCCUCACCCUGGGGUCUCCCUCGUGAUCCUUGUCGUCGUCUGCGCGGCGUUUCUCGGAGGCGGCGUUGAGGGCCGAGCGGUGGUGCGGGUCACGUCCCAGGCCCUCACGGCGGCCGUCGGCUCCUCGGUGCUGCUCAACGUCUCCUUCUCGCUGCAGCGGCCCAGCGGGGUGGGCCCCCCCCCCGGGUCAGGCGACCCCCACGCCGAGGUGGACGUCGAGUGGGUGUUCCGCAGCGGCGGCGGCGGGGAAGUGCGCGUGGCGCAACGCAAGCAGGGCAUCACCAACCUGCGCACGUACGACGGCCGCGCGCAGCUUUACCCGCUGAACGGCAGCCUGGUGCUCAACUCGCUCACCAAGAAGGACGGCGGCAUCUACACGGUGCACGUGACCGACACGGCAGACGGCGGCAAGGACCGCAAGCAGAUCCAAGUCACCGUGCUCAACCCCGUGUGGGGGGUCUCGCUCUCCCCGUCGCCUAACCCGGCGUCGAGCGGGACCUGGGCGGAGGGCCAGAACGUGAGCCUCUCCUGCUCGGUGUCGUCGGGCGACGAGGUGUCGCUGGCGUGGAGCCGCGGCGGGGAGCCCGCGCUGCUGCCGCGGCGCCACCUGCGCUUCGCCGACAACAACGCCACGCUCGCCAUCGACGGCCUGCGGGCCGACGACGCCGCCACCUACUCGUGCGUCGCCUCCAACCGCGUGAGCCGCCAGGAGGCGACGUUUGUCGUCACAGUUGAGGCUGCCACUGGGGGUGCCCUGCGGAUGUGGAGAGAUGAGACGUGA